CCUGCUUAACUCCUUCAUCCAAAUUGACACCCGGACUCUGGGAAAUAUAGGCAGCAUCCAUCCCGUUUCCACUCUCACACGCUCUCUGUGUCAUCUCGACCAGUCUCCGCAUCAGAUCUCAGGCUGACAGCCUGUGUCAUUAUAUCUCGAGAAAUUGAGAGUCGAAAUGCUGAUUAAAUUCGCACUGUCCCUGCUGCUGCUCUCCGUCUUGGGGGAAGUGGUAGGAACGGAUAAUGCUGAUGUGCACGAGAGUCACCCCGAGAAACCGGCCACUCAGAAGGGACGUCUCUCGUUACAGAACACAGCUGAGAUCCAGCACUGUCUUGUGAGUGCAGGAGAUGUGGGCUGUGGGGUAUUUGAGUGUUUCGAAAACAACUCCUGUGAAAUUCGGGGCCUCCAGGAAAUCUGCAUGACUUUCUUGCACAAUGCUGGCAAGUUCGACUCGCAGGGCAAGUCAUUCAUCAAGGAUGCACUGAAGUGCAUGGCUCAUGGCUUGAGGCACAAAUUUAGCUGCAUCAGCCGAAAAUGCCUGGCCAUAAAGGAUAUGGUCUUCCAGCUUCAGCGGGAAUGCUACAUGAAACACAACCUCUGCUCGGCUGCUAAAGACAACGUCAAUGUCAUGGUGGAGAUGAUACAUUUCCAAGACUUAUUUCCCAAAGGGCCUUACGUUGAGCUGGUGAACAUUUUACUCGGCUGUGGACAGGAGGUGAAGGAAGCCAUUACUCGGAGUGUGCGUCUGCAGUGUGAGCAGAACUGGGGCGCUUUGUGCGACAGCCUGAGCUUUUGUACAUCUAUGACCGCAGCUCCAGCAUCCGGCGGCCAUGAGCGACGUCCGGCACUUACCUCUCAUUCGGAUGGGGAGCACCAUAAGAGCGCUCGACAAGGAGACAAAGAGAAGCCUGGCAAGGCUGGGUUCAAUACCCAGAUGAGAAUUCGAAGCCAAGGCAUGCGCCGCGCCAGUUUAGAUGCCGUAGUCGCCGAGCAGGAAGACUCGAAGAUCAGUGACAUCCGGAGGUGAAAUAGCAGGAUCAUCUAAACUGACCAUGACACCCCAAAUCCCCAGACUUAACAGACUCCGCAAUUCAACCCAUACUCCCCCACACAGUCAUUCCAGCACUCCCAAACUGUACAUUUCGCAGGGUAAAUGUGGUGCAGCUUUUUUGAUACUCCAGAUUGUUAAUUUUGUAGAAUUGCUUUUAUUUUAGUUCUAAUACAGCAUCUCUAUUUGGCAAAUCAUAUCCUCAAGAUUCAAUCACUUUAUUUAUUUUAUGCAAUGUUCGAAUAUUAAAAAAAACAUGUACAUAUAAAUCUCUGUAUAUCUAUAUUUAUAUAAACCUGCCUAAACAUAGCCUCCAUAUUCAGUAACUAUAUACUAUAUGUAAUAUAGUGCAAAGAAUGCUUGCUGUCGUAUUAGUUACAUUAUUACGCAUCUGACUGUAGAUAUGUAAGAUAUGUUUGUUUGUUUCAGUAACGUGCGUGUAAUUGUUAUUUGAAAUACUUGAUUAAAUACAAGCUGUACAGGAUUGAAGUCCAGCUCUAGCACAUACAGUACAACCCUGUGUGCUUCUUGGAAGGAAAACGAAGACAUAGAAAAAUAAAAAAAAUAAAAAACACGUGCUUAUUGUGCCUUGAAAAUAUUAGCCUAAAAUAAACUGUGGAACCCGAGCAGAUGUAUUAUAAUGAAAUGUCCAAAUAUAACAGUUGUAUUCAGCAUUAUAUUCAGAUCUGUGCUUGGAAUAUAAACAAGCUGUCUCAGUAUGAUAAAGCGCCCUGAUUGGAUCACUAAUGUGUUUGCUGCAUUUCUGGGAUUCGCCCAAAGAGAUUAGUUGAACACAGGAAUAACUUCAGCGUAUGGUGUCUCAUGGAAAGCUGGCCUGCCUGUGUUCUGGCCAAGUCCACAGCAAGCCACUGGUGUUUUCAAGUAAAAAAAAUAGCAGGGUUUUUUCUCUCUCUCUCUCUCAGAGCCACUGAGAAGAGCCAGAAGUUGGAACUGUAGUCGGCUGGCUUUAGACCCAGAAACUGGGUUAAGUCUACACAAGAAGCUCAGGGUAUUACUGACAAUAAUAUUGAAAUGGAUGAAUUAUUGUUUACUAUAGCUAGGAAAGAAUUGUUUUGGGUCCUUGCCACGUGAUUGGUUAAUAAAAUGUUUGGCGCUGAUUGCUGGUUUAAGAAUAAGCAACGGCCUGUACAGUUCUGCUAUUCAUCAGCCUAAAGAUUACAGUAAUUACUCUGACCAAUCAUAUUUUUAAUUCACUCAGGAAUUCCAGUGAACACGUGGGCAAAAUGUGAUCAGCUUUUGGGGUUAACCCUUUAAAGCAUACUUUCAAACUGUUAAAAGGAAUGGGGGGGGGGGGGGAUCUGUGUACAACUAUUAUGUAGAAUGAUAGAUUACAUAUCGGUAAAGAUAGUAUUUGUUCAAAUUGUAUUAGACAAAAAUAAAUACAGAAGAUUACUUCUUA